ACAAACUAUUCCAAAAAUCUACUAUGUUGGAGUCUGUAGAAUAACUAGAUUUCUCUUUGUGGAAAUACAGUAACAAUUGUUCUGUGAAACUUACGAGUUAAUAUAUAUUUUUUCUCCAGAUUUUGAUGCACAGAGGAAUCAAGGGAAGGCUUUGACCAUGUCUACAAGAGACACAGAAGGUGAAGAGCAUGCAGCCCUGUUGAACUUUCUCGGCAAACUUGGACUGGAGGACUUUUAUCCCAACAAGCUCAAUCUACGGUCUCUCUUUGAGAUCAACAAAAACAGUAUUGAGGAAAAAUCAGUUUUAUCGCUGAAGGACAUACCAUGGUGUUUUCUCAGAAAACUGUUGCAAAUAAAUGCAGAAUGCAGGAGCUCAAUACAAUCAUCAAUCAGGCCAAAGGAAAACAUUGAGGAAGACGAUCUCUCUGAUGAAGACCUUUACACCGCUGAUGACUCUAGAGAUGAUGAGGUUAACCCCCUCGACCUCAUAGUCGCUCUCUUCCAUUGCGCUGACAGCUUCCUGCAGCAGGAAAUGGCCCUCAAGAUGUCAAUGUGCCAGUUUUCUCUUCCUCUGCUGUUGCCCCGCGGCCACAAGAGUCAGUGUACCCUGAUGCUGUGGGCUCUGAGAGACAUCGUCAAAGAGUGGCGUCCACAUGAUAUGUCUGAAUCAAGAGGGUUUGUUGAAGACAACAUUGUCCAAGCAAAAAUACCAUUCUUCUCCUUUGUGAGGCUGAAGAACAGUAGUUUAUCCAAGUCCCAGGUUUUGAAUCAUGUCCUCAGCAGUGGGCAACAGAACUGCAACAUCUUCAUACACAGAGAUGUGGAGGGGGGGGCAGUCAAAAGAGAAAUUGCAAAUGGGCUUGUUGAGGUUUGCUGGUACCUUCCCUCUGGCGGGGAAAAACUUGACAUUUUUCCUGAGUCUACUGCCUUUGCAAAUUUGCGAGGGGACAUUUGUGAAUCACUCACACAAUUCAACUUUCUCUUUCAAGUAUCAACAGCUACCUUUGUGUUUCUGGACAGCGUUGAAGAAAGUGAGCACAGGAUUCUAUCUUCUCUUCAAGAUGUGAAAUCCAAACUCUUCUUAGUCGUCAAUCGAAAGGGAGGGAAUGCCAGUGAGGAGAUGAUGUCUGUGCAGAGAUUGGUGGAUGAAUUAGGUUUACCAAAGAACAGAGUGAAGGUAAAAGACCAGAGGAUAAAUGUGGCAGAGUUCUCACAGAAACUUUGUGAGGUCAUCAAGGCAUCCCUGUUGGAUGUGAAAGACACCAUGAGCAUUGUAGAUAUGGUUGGAAAAGCUGUUGAACUUGGUCUGUCUGUGGACGAAAGCAAAAGUGACGCACAGAGAAAAGCAGCUGAGGAGAUCAUGGGCGACAUUAGAGUGCGAAGUAUACCACACUAUAAAAAACUAAAUCUGACUUUGCAAGGAGCGAACUGGAAGAGGUUGUCAAAGUUAGAAAAGGAAGAGUGUAGACUGAAGACAUCUGGUGAUUCCGGCCUUGAAGACUAUAAAUGUCAACUACAGGAAGAGAAAAGACAAAUCAGACAGGAGCAACAAAAUUCUGACGUCUCCAAAGGAAUGAAGAGUUUCAUCAAGUGCUUAUCUACAGAUGACAAAGAAAAAAGAGAUGUUUUCCUUAAGUGGAUGAAACUGAAGUUUAAUACACAUUCACGAGGCAAACUCUCUGUGUUACGUCACAAAUUCAAAGAGCAAUGCAAGAAGAAAGACGCCAAACUCAUAGCAGAGUUAGACCAAGCUUUGGUGGAUAGCUCUUUAGGAACAGAGCAUUACAUGAGAGAGAUGGGACUGAUCUACGAGUUCUCAACCACCAGCUCAACAGCUGAUGAAAUAUCCCAGCUCCCUGGUUUGGCAGCUGAAAUGCUGUUGGAUGGAUAUCCUUUAGAGCUUUUGGACGGAGAUGCCUCCAACGUCCCAGAGAGAUGGGUGACAGACGUACUGAUGGAGCUUCACAAGAAGGUUGGACAGAGGAGCAGACUGUUGGUACUGACUGUGUUGGGUGUUCAGAGCACCGGUAAGUCAACGCUCCUCAACACCAUGUUUGGUGUGCAGUUUCCUGUCAGCAGCGGCAGAUGCACAAGAGGAGCUUUCAUGCUCUUCCUCAAAGUUGGAGAGGAUUUGAAAAGCGAGUUAAACUGUGAUUUUAUCGUCCUCAUUGACACAGAAGGUCUUAAGUCUCCUGAUCUGGCACAACUAGAGGACAGUUAUGAGCACGACAAGCUAGCAACCUUUGUCAUUGGCUUGAGUGAUGCCACCAUUAUCAACAGCAAUGGAAACGCAGAAGAAAUGAAAGAUGUCCUGCAAAUUGCAGUGCACGCAUUCUUGAGGAUGAGAGAAAUUGGAAAAAAGCCAGUUUGUCAUUUUGUUCACCAGAAUGUUUCAUCAGUUUCAGCUCAUGACAAGAACAUGACACAAAGAAAACAUCUCCUGGACCAACUCAAUGAAAUGACUCAAAUCGCAGCUGAAAUGGAAAAGAAACCUUCUAUCAAAGAGUUCACGGAUGUGCUGGACUAUGACAUGGACAAGAACAACUGGAACAUCCCAGGACUCUGGCAUGGAACACCACCAAUGGCACCAGUGAACACAGGUUACAGUGAAGCUGUAGCACAUUUCAAGAGAAACCUUCUGCAAACAGUGAAGAAGGACCCGUGCAAUGAAGUGUCGCAGAUCCCAGAGUUUCUGGAAUGGAUGAAGAGUCUCUGGCGGGCAGUGAAAUAUGAGAACUUCAUCUUUAGUUUCAGAAACACUCUUGUGGCUCAUGCCUAUGACAACUUGUGCAAAGAGUUCAGUCAGUGGGAAUGGGAGUUCAGAAAAGAGAUUCUGACCUGGCAAACACAAGCAGAGGUAGAAAUCUUGAAUGCUGACAAUGAAUCUGAGGGAGAAACUUGGAACAGAUUAGUUGGAGGAAAAAAAUCUGAAUUGUCAGACAAAAUAACAGACCAACAAACAAAAAUGAGGGAAAAAAUCUAUGACUACUACAAGAUGAAAGGCAAACGAGUUAAUCUGAUAGAGAAAUACAAAGAGGACUUUUUAAACAGUGUCAAAGGCCUUGCAGAUGAAAUCAAACGUUCUGUUUGGGUAAAACUGGAUUGCAUCCUCGAACUAAAACUAAGUUCAAAAAAGGUUCAGGACAUUCAGAGAGAAUACAGAGGUGUGAUUGAACAGAAGGUCCUGAAGCUUCAGGGUGACUGCGACGUGUCAACUCUGACUGAGGAAGAGCUGACACAAGAGUUUGAAAAGAUGUGGGCUGAAGCCACUGUAAACAUGUCCGGCCUGAAAGAGCGAGACAUUGCAGCAUGCGUCCUGAAGCAGCUGACAAAAGACUUCUGUAAUCGAAACGUCAAUGAGGCUUUGCAGAAAGUAACAGACCUAAAGGAAAUGGGGACAGGUCCAUUUGAAACUAGACAUGAUCACGUAGACACUUUUAUGCAGAAGUUCCAACAUCUGUGGAAAGGACAUUUGCAGAGCUUUGCAGACAGAAUCAUUGACUCUUGUACAAGGUUUGUACGUGAUAAAGUAAAGACCGAUGGAGAUUACCAGGACUCUUUCACAAAGGAGCUUCUCGAAAUAACGGAUAAAUCCCUGAAACAAGGUAACACCCAUCACAAAACAAAUAUACAGUUUGAGAUUGACCUGAAACUUCACAUUUGUGGCAUUGCUUCAAGGGAAUUUGUCAAAAUGCACAAAAGAUUCUUGUCAGAUAAUAAUCCUCACACUCAGCUGGAAAAGUACAAGACUCAGUACCUGUCAGAUUUUCUCGAUUUAUACAAAAACCAAGAUCACUGCCAACGCAAAGCAAAAGAUUUUGUCCAGUCUUGUAUCAAACCUGCUGUGAAACAGUUCAUCUGUGGAUCUCUGGGAGUAGACAUUGUGGAGGACAUUCUGACAGGUUCCCAUUCAGCAGAGUAUAGUUCUCGCACAAUCUUCCAGUACAACAUUCAGAAAGAGUUGCUGCAACAGGAAGACUUCAAGGGUUUUUUCAGUUACAUUACUAACUAUGAAAUAUAUGUUAAGGAUUGGAUAUUUCAGCACAUCCUGCAAAAGAUGUCAGUGGAGAAGACUUUGUGCAAACUGAAGAACAACAAUCUACAAGUCAUCGACAAAAAAAUAUCAGAAGCGAUAGAUCGGGCAGCAAUAGGAGAGGAUGGUGUUCUGCUGCCAGAUAACAAGGAAAGCAUCACAAAGCUAAUCAGCAACAUGCGCAAACAUUUGAUCAAAGACAUCUCAGUUUCAGUGGAGGCUGAAGAAACCACCUUGUUUCAAAUCCAAAGCUCAUGUCAUUCAUUCAUCAAGUGUCUCAAGAUCUCAAUGAAGGAGUUGAAGGACCAACUGGAAGAGGAGUUCUCAAACUCUGACGACAUCACUGAGACUCUGAACAAGCUUCCAAUCAAACCACAGGAUGAGCUUUUCCAGCGAGUGUUUGGUUGUGGACGACAGUGUCCAUUUUGUAAAGCUCCCUGUGAGGCCGGUGUCACAGAACACAAGCAGCAUCAUGCAGCCAUUCAUCGGCCACAAGGUCUUGGCAGCUACAUGCAUGACUCAAGUGAGAGGCUGGUUAAUUCACUGUGUACAACUGACGUGCACAGUGAUCGUAAAUUCAAAAACACAGACACCAAAGGAGAGUGGCAUCCUUACAAGGACUACAACAAGUACUAUCCAGACUGGAUCAUUCCUCCAGACUCCACCACAGAGGCAUCUGACUACUGGAAGUACGUCCUGGUGCAAUACAAUGACAGAUUUGCUAAAAUAUAUGAAGUCAAACCAGCUGAAGUCCCAGAGGCCUGGAGGAGACUCACAAAGGAACAAGCUCUGAAGGGUUUGAGAGACGCCUUCAACAUGAAGUGAACAAAGUGCAACUGAACACAUCAGCUUCUCCAGAAGUCUCAGGAAAACGUCUGGACCUCCGUGCAUGUCUGGAAGCAAAUUCAGAGAACGACAAGUCUUCAGUCUAAUUCAGCUUCAGGAACUUUUCAAAUUUUGGGGGGAAUCUGUGCAAGAACUUAUUGUUUGGUUUGUUUUUGUUUGUUUUACUCUUGUGUAUCUUUUUUGUUCAUGUGACUAAACCACCAAUUUGUUUCAGUGAAAAUGAAGAAAGAACAACAGAGUAAGUUUGGACUUCUGUGCAUCUUCUUUUCUUUACGACUCUUCGAUGAUUUAUUUUUUGGUAUUUUUUUUACGGUGUCAAUAGUCACUCGCCCUCGAGCGAUAAAAGAAAUAAACGAGAAAUGUAAAAAUAAAUGUAUAUUUUUUACCUGUAUUUUUGUUCCUUUUUGUUGCCGUAUGUUUGUGUAUAUGAUGAAUUAUCUUUUAUAUUACUUUACGUAGUUCAGGGCAGAGAAACAGAUGUGCAUGGUGAUGUGGAUGAUGAAGUUAUGAAUGUAUUAUCUCUAUGUAGGUAAUGACUAUAAUGAAACAAUGGUGAUGUACAAUAUACUAAGACCAUGUGAUGAAAUAUUCAGUCAUAUACUGCCAUUUAUAUCGUUACUUUUAUUUUUUAAGUUGUUUAAGUUUGCUCAAGCAAAUAUUGUUAUUCACAUAUUGUUAAGGAUUAACUUUUGAUUCAUAUUCUUCUGAUUAAAAUGUAUUUUUCCAUUAUUUACAUGCUCCGUUCUAAAUGUCAAGUACAGUACUAAGGACAAUUGAUGAUGAUGAGAUGAUGAUGAUGAUGAUGAUGAUGAUGAUGAUGAUGAAGCACAAAUUGUCUUUGUACGUUUUUAUUUUUGGGACUUUUUUGUCAUUUUUGCGAAUGACAGUUGAUAAUGUGACGAAUUUACAAGCUACAAUAAAUGAUGAGUCAGUUGA